CUUGUGUAGUUGCGAGUUUUGUAGUUGCCGGGCAGGCCGACGGUCUGGAACGUGUUUAGCUCGCCAAUAUCCCAACAAUAAGAAAAUAAGCAAAAUUCGAAAAGAAAAUUAUACAAAAACGUCCCAACACAUAGAGAGGUUUUACAUCUCUUCAACAUUGAAAGUAAAGAUGCCAUCUGCAACCACUGGUGACUAUGCUGUUCAGUCCUCCAGUCCAGAGCUGGGCACUGUUCCUGUAGUGGCUCCCAAUGAGGCCUUGAAACAAGUGCUGAACAUCAUCGAAAAGAAGGUCCGCAACAUGGAGAAGAGAAAGUCCAAGCUGGAAGACUACAAGACACGGAAGAGCAAAGGAGAGCGGCUAAAUCAGGAUCAGCUGGACGCUUUGUCCAAGGCUCAGGAGGUGGCACACAACUUGGACUUUGCCCGGGAGCUGCUGAAAAGCUUCUCGACUUUAAAUAUCGAGAUCCAAAAGGCAGUGAAGAAGACUGCGCGGCGGGAGCAGCUGAAACGUGAGGAGGCCGAGCAGCGGCGCAUGAAGGCUGUGCUGGAGGUGCAGUAUGUUCUGGACCAGCUCGGGGAGGAGAGUGUGAGGCAGGAGUUGAGGCAGGUGGAACGAGGGAACGAUGGGCCUCUGCUCACUGAAGCAGAGCUCACUGGACUUGACGACUUUUACAAGUUGGUCGGCCCAGAGAGGGACCCGAAUAUCAGGCUGACUGAUCAGUUUGAGGAGGCGUCUGUUCAUUUGUGGGAGUUGAUGGAAGGAAGAGACAAAGCUGUGGCAGGAACCACAUAUAAUGCCCUUAAGGACACUCUGGACAAGAUACUGCUCAGUGGCUACUUCGACCAGACACAAACACACCAGAAUGGAGUGUGUGAAGAAGAGGAGGAGGAGGAAGAGCAGCAGCAGCAGCAGCAGCAGCAGCCACAGCUGCCACCUCCUAUAGAGCCAGCAGAGUGUGAGGAGCAGCCAGCAGAGCCAGAAGGGUCAGUCACUCAAGAAUUCACUGAGCCCAUUGAAGUGGAAGCAACAGAGUUUGUAAACCGAAAGUUCAUUCCAGAAGCCACUUAUAACACCAGUGCUGACAAAGAGCAAGCAGGAGAAUGGGCCGUGAGCUCUGAGAUUGUAAGCUCCCUCCAGCAGCAGCCACAGCCUCCUCCUCAGCCUCAGCAACCUCCUUCGUCAAUGAGCCCAGCUCUGGUGAGCCCGGAGACCCACUCGCUCGCCCCUGUCCUUCCUCCCACCUCAACUGACCCGUUGGUCAGAAAGCAAGCUGUGCAGGACCUCAUGGCACAGAUGCAGGGCACUUACAAUUUCAUGCAGGACUCUAUGCUGGACUUUGAUGGACAGCCUCUGGAUCCUGCCAUUGUAUCUGCUCAGCCUAUGAAAUCUGCACAGAUGGUCUGCGCUCCAGCUCACACAGAAUCUCGACUCCCUCAACACAGCACAGUUCCUGUACAUCAAGAACCCACACAAAUACCCAUGGUGUCUCCUCCCACUGAAGCAUACACUUCUACACCACCUCUCUACCAACCUCCUCACAGCACAGACCCUCGUCCUCAACCAGACCCCAUUGAUCCUCUCCAGGUGUCCAUGCCCCUGUCAUCUGAGCAGCCCCCUGCCCCAUCGUCUCAGCCCCAGGCCUUUCAAUCAGUCUCCAAACCCCUGCACAGUGGCAUCAACGUAAACGCAGCACCAUUCCAGUCCAUGCAAGCAGUGUUCAAUCUGAAUGCUCCAGUUCCUCCCUCAAAUGAGAUUGAGUCUCAGAAGAUGUCAAGUCAGUAUCAAAGCACUUAUACCCAGAACUUCGGCAGCCAGCCCACACACACGGUGGCGCAGCAGGAGCUGCAGCAGGAGCUUCAGCAGGAACCGCUUCAGUCAGUUGUUGGCGCGUUUCACUCUCAAGACCAAGGGAUUCCUUCAUCUGGGGGACACCAGACAAUGAGCCAGCAGCCAGCAGGUCAGGGUGCAGGGUUCGGACGCCAGCCACAGUCUUUUUACAGCAGCCGAGCUGUGCCUCGCGGAGGACCCAGGAACGCCCGAGGGGCCAUGAACGGAUACCGAGGACCAUCAAAUAGUUUCAGAGGUGGAUAUGAUUAUCGUGCUCCUUUUCCCAAUACUCCAAACACUGGUUAUGGACAGACCCAGUUCAGCACUCCACGAGAUUAUUCGAGCAGCACCUACCAACGGGACGGAUAUCAGCAGAGCUUCAAGAGAGGAGCUGCCCAGGGAGCUCGAGGUAGCUCUCGAGGACGAGGAGGACUGUACAAACCGAGCCGAGGGAUGCAUAUCAUGGCUGCAGCACAGACUAGCUAACCCUAACAACCCUCCAACAUAACCCACUCACCUGACUCCUCUCCAUCUCCCCAUGUAGCAAGGUGUUUGGAAACUCGCACAUGAGAUGCCAUGGUAAUGAAGCCAAACCACUCCUAACUAACGCUGUAUCUUGUAACGCUUUUUCUCAAUUGCACGCUGUUGAUAGCCUCAAUUCUGUAAAGCAGGAACAUUUGUGCCUUUUUUUGAGUUGAAAAUCGGACCAGGAUAAACAAUGUAUUAGUAUAAUACACCGCCAAAAAAUGUGAAAUGUACUGUAAUUUUUAUUCCUCCCCCCUGGUCACCUACUUUGUUGCACCGUACUAUUGAUCAUGAGUGCUUUGUAGGAUUAAAUGUCUUUUAGAGUUGUGGUGAUUGUGGCUCAUUGUAUGGAUGAAAUGAAAAAUAAACAAGCACAUGGUGUA